CGUUGUAGAUACUGUUAUAUACUUCUCGCAUCAAGUACCACACCCUUGAGUUGAGCGAAAGUAAACCCAUAUUUAAGUGUUAUGGCAAGUUAUAAAUUCAUUUGUUAGCAUGCUGACCUUAGAUCGUAAAAAGAUUUUAGGAGAGGGAGGUUUUGCCAUUGUUUUCGAAGGUACUUGGUGUGAAACUAAAGUGGCAGUCAAACGAAUUCCUCUAGAAAAAGCCGCGAGUAAUGAACGAGAAGUCAAGGCCCUACAAAUGUUGGAUCAUCCCAACGUCAUCAAAUUAUUUCACAUGGAGGAGGACCAAGACUUCAGAAUUAUCAUCCUUGAAUUGUGUGAUGCCUCUUUGGAAAAAUUGUUUCUCAAAGAAAAUGACCCGAAAAAAUAUCGCGGCCCAAUGCCACCAGAACUAUACGUUCUUCUCCAGUUAGCUGAAGGACUCGAGUACAUCCAUCAAAAGAGAUUAGUCCAUCGAGACAUCAAGCCACAGAACGUGCUCAUCAGCUUGAAUUCUACAACCCAACAAGUGGUGAUGAAGUGGGCAGAUUUUGGUUUCAGUAAACGUGUCAACGAAAGGGGUUCUUUCUCGAUGAGCGGUGUUAGAGGAACAUACGAUUAUUUCGCACCGGAAAUAUUGAAAUACCUGGACGAGGUCAGUUCUAAUGAUAACGAAGUUCAGAAAAGAGGAACAGUCAAGAGCGAUGUAUUCGCAGAAGGACUCGUCUUUGGCUAUUUCAUUUCGGUAGGGGUUCAUCCAUUUGGCACUACAAGUCAUCAAAUUCAAAUCAACUUACGAUCAAAUGAACCAGUCAAUCUUCUCGAAACGGGGGAAAUUUGUAACAUAAUCAAAGAAAUGUUAGAAAAAGACCCAAAAAAUCGAAUUACUUCGUCUGACGUUGUUAAUCGACUCACCCAAAUUAUCCCGAAGUUUUAA